UUUAAUGUCACCCAUCAAAGGCAGCUUUCAUGUGGUCAUUCGGCCUGCUAGAAAUAGCUACUAAAUCUCCCACAAAUAGAACCCUGUAGUUUUGAGAAGUGAGGGACAUAGAUAAAAUCCAAUGGAAAGUUGGAAAGGUCGUGGGUGGAUUGUUUUCACUCAGUCAGGGUUGCCACUCAGGACUAAACCACAAUAGCAACAACAACAACAAAGCGGAAACCCCAUUCCGCCCAUGGCCUCCUGCCAGCAGCUUUAUUAAUUUCACCUCUCCCUCCCUCCCAUUAAUUGCUUUCACUCCCCCCCCAACCGACCCCUCUUCCUCCUUUUCUUUUUUCUUCUUUGUCCAGGUGUCUUAUUCACCAUGGCAACAACAGACACACAGACAUCAGGUGUUGUCAUAGCCCCAGGUAAAGCCUAAUCGUUUCGGCAGAGCAACAGGUUCGUUAGUCGUGACUUGUAUAUUUACUUCAGAGAGAGAGGACGGACAGACAGACAGGGCCAGUACUAAUUGCUGCAUGUGUUUCCUUAAUUUGGUAAUGGCUGAUUCUAAAUCCAAUAACAACAACAACAACAAUAAAAAUAAAAAGAACAAGCAAUGUGACAGGAACAUUACACAGGCUGACUCACUGCCUCCGUUGAAUGAGAAAUCCCUCAAAGUCUUUAAUCAGCGACUGGCUGCUGCGGAAGAGGAUGCUCACUUUCUUUCUCGCCAUCUCUCAACCAUGAUUUCAGAUGAUUCCAACACCGUCCCUCGGCCCUACGACAGCGAAACCACCGACCUCGAUACAACCAGAACCUCAGACGUGUCAUCAUGCUCUACAAAGACUAGACAGUCGCUCAAGCAUGCAGACGAUUUUGUGUUGACGUCACGCUUGGCUAAAGCCGAAUGCACAGUAAAUAAUUUAAAGCAAGCCCUGAAUGUGCUGCGAUGUGGGGAGGGCGGAGAAGACGGGGUCAAUGAAGCAUUAAAGAGCCCCGUGAAGUUACAGGAUGGCGUCAGCGUCAGCCAAUUGCAGCACGAUGAACUGAUUUGUCUCCGGCAAGAAUUGAAGUUGGAAAGGGAAGCGAAAAAUAAAGCUUACGAUGAAAUAAGGAACCUCAAGGAAUCCUUAAUUGAAGCUUAUCAAACAAAGACCGACACAAGCAACAAAAUUGCCGUCCUGGAGGCUGAGAAGCAGAACCUGGUUGACAGUCUGUCCGAGAUAGAGAAGGAGUUGAUUGAGGAGCGGAAUUCCCAUGAAAACCUGGAACUCUUCCACCUUUCCCUACUCAACAAGGUCGAACAACUGAAGACUUUGGUAGACUCUGAGAAGAAGGAGGUGAGAGAUUUAACUGAUGCUCAUCAAAGACAACAGAUGGAGAUUGCUGGAUGUCAAACCAAACUGAAAGAAGAACGCAAAUUGAGAAGUAAAAUAGAGAAAAACUACCAAAUGCUUCUGGCCCCUAAAAAGUCAACAGAGGAGAAACAAGCAAACAAAACCCUGCAGAAGGAGUUCACCACCCUCACGAACCAAUACACAACCCUGUUGGAACAAAUGGGUCAUCUACAGAACUGUUUUAAGCAGCAACAUCAAAACAGCCAAGAUCUCGAGUGUCUACAGGAAGAAAUGAGCAAGGCCCUGGAAAGUUCCAAGAAGGAAUGUAAACAUCUCCAGAACCAAAACAUUAUCCAUAAACAAAACGAAAAGAAAUUUCUGUCUGAAAUCAAAGCUUUGAAGUUCCAGAUUGUUUCCGUUAAAUCAGAGAACGAAGCUUUGGAAAAGCUAAAUCAAAAGCUGGAAGACAGUUUUGCUAAACUUGAAGAGGAACUGAAAGUCGGCCAAAAUAUGAUGUAUUUGGAAGCAGGAGAUGUGUUGGUUUGUAAGAAUCUUUUGACCAAAGACGGAGAAGUGACCCCAAGGGAGAUCAGUUGUCUUCAGAUUGAGAAGACGUCUUUGCUUGCAGAAAAACUCAAAAUACAACUUCAAGAGAGAGACUUCAAGAAUGAGAAAAUACCAAAUGAUGGUACCCCAGUCAAGAAAACCCUCAGCAGUUUAGAAUGGAAGAACAAGCUAUUGGAAGCAGGAAUCACCAUUUUGCAGAACUGAGUUUGAAGCAUUCUGUGAAUAUUCAAGCAUCAUGCCAGAGAGGAAUCUCUUCUCGCAGACUGUUAUAUUGUUCCAACAGGAAUUCAAUGAGUUUUAAUCAUGAUUCUGAUUGUAACUUUGCAAUAAUAAGAGAAUGGAAAGCAACAGCAGUAAAGACCCACCUACACUUUCAUAUCCAUCACUCGUGAAAUUUUCAACAGCAGGGCCAGAUUAAGACCCUCUGAGGCCCCAAGCACUUAAAAGAUUUUGGUGCCCUAUACUAUUUUACUCUCUUUUACUCUUUUACUUGUUUCAGUCAUUUGACUGCGGCCAUGCUGGAGCACCGCC